CUUGUUCUAUUGAAUUCUCAGCCAUGCCUCCUAAAAAGCCCGCAGCAGACUCCGCUGAGCCGCCCAUGCCGUCCUCCAGCGAUGCCCCGGUGGAAGAGAAAAAACCAGAUGCUGCGGCGCUGCGCAAACUAGCAACUCAUCCCACCACAGCAAUAAUGGUGAAAGAAGCACUGGAAGAGUUGGACUCGCGCAAAGGGCUCUCCUCCCAAGCCAUUCAGAGUUAUAUCAAACAAAAAUACCCCUCUGUGGAUUUGGUGCGGUUGAAGCACUUGGUCCGUAGGGCCCUGAAGAAAGGAAUCGAGACCGGCACGCUGGUGCGGCCUGUCAACUCCAAAGUCACCACUGGCGCAAUGGGAAAAUUUAGGCUUGCACCAAAAGUGAAGGAGGCAAAGCCCACAACUGAGAAUGUGGAUCCCAAUGUGGAAAAAGUACCCAAAGCGGCCAAGGAUGGAGCCAAGAAGCCCAAGAAAGCGGGUGUCGCAAAAAAGGAAGAUUCUGCCAAUGAAGAGGACGAGUCAAAGGAGGAACACAACCCUCCCAAAAGGUCUAAGAAAGUAAAGGAAGCUGCAACCUCAGCACCGACUACCUCAAAGGUUGCUCCAGCAAAGAAGCCAAAAGCAAGAAAAGCUGCAGAGAAAGAUGAUGGUGAGGGAGCCAAAACUACAGUAGCAAAGGCUACCAAGGAGUCAGCAAAGGCUACCAAGGAGUCAGCAAAGGCUACCAAGGAGUCAGCAAAGGCUACCAAGGAGUCAGCAAAGGCUACCAAGGAGUCAGCAAAGGCUACCAAGGAGUCUACCAAGGAGGCAGCAAAGGCUACCAAGGAGGCAGCAAAGGCUACCAAGGAGUCUACCAAGGAGGCAAAGGCAGGAAAGGCACCUCAGAGCAAAGCUGCUAAAGCAAGCAGUGAGGCCCCUGCUGCUAAAGCAACUGGGAAACGAGGGAGGAAGACUGCUGAAUAA